AUGGCUGCUCCACCGGUCGAUUACUACGCGGCCCUCGAAGUCGACUCAAAAGCAACCCAACAACAAAUCCGCGAUGCUUACAAGAAACAAGCCCUCCGCCACCACCCCGACCGCGUUCCCUCCGACUCCCCCGAACGCCCAACCCGCACCAAGAAAUUCCAACAAAUCAACGACGCCUACUACACCCUGUCGGACGCAACCCGCCGCCGCGAAUACGACGUAACCCGCAACUCCUUCCAUGGCUUCGGCUCGCGUCCUCAACCACCCCCACAAGCAGAUGCCGAUGAAGAGGUGCCUCAUCCCGGCCAAGGAGGUUUCUCGAUGCCGUCAGGCUUCCCGUGGUCUGCGUUUGGGUUUGGCGGGCAGGCGAAGAACGAGGAGGAUGCGAAUCGGUAUAGUAAUGAGCAGUUUGGGAGUGUGUUUGAGGAGAUGAUGCAGGAUGAGGGGAUGGCGGAUGGGGAUCGACAGCCUACUAGGGCGUUCUGGAGCUUGGUCGGUGGAGUUAGUGGUGGUGCCAUGGGGUUCAUUGUUGCGAAUGUGCCUGGUGCGAUCGCUGGAGCCGUGGCCGGAAACAGGUUGGGAGCGGUCCGGGAUAAGAGGGGAAAGAGUGUGUAUAGUGUGUUCCAGGAGUUGGAUCAGCCGGCGAAGAUGAAGAUGUUGAGCGAGUUGGCGCAGAAGGUCUUUGCGCAUGCCAUUAGUUGA